CUGCCAUUAGGAACCCCCACCCUUCAAGCAACAAGGACCGGAAACUGGACAAGACCGGAUAACAUUUUUGGAACCGAAAACGUCCUAGAAUUGGUAACAACAUGUGUCACUGCCCCCGAUCUUCGCGGACCAAGAACCGAUCACGUCCCUAUUCACCUCACGCUCAAGUUAAGCUCAAUGAAAACGAAGGAGGCACCGCGUCGCAACUGGAGAGACACUGACUGGGAAAAGUUUAAUAAACGGCUAAGCACCCUUCUAUCGCCUAUCCCACCCCAACCUUUAGCUUCUAAUGAGGAGUUUCAGAAUCUAGCGAAACAUGUCACCAAAGCCAUAACGACCACUAUGGAAGAACUAGUACCUCACACCAAACCCUGCCCACACUCGAAACACUGGUGGACCAAGAGCCUUACCACCAAAUGCAAGCAACUUCGAUGCCUCACCCAUGAG